AUGUUGCACCGACAGAAGGGAAGCAGCACACCGAAGGCUAUAAUCGUCACGCUGAUUAUGCUGCAACGACCCUCAGGCACGGAUACAGAAGCGCUGAUGCCUCUUAGCUCGAUUACUGCUGCAUCAGCAUUCCCGCCAAAUCUGGAACAUCGUUCACUCUACGCGGAGCAAUUAGCAGCGCGCCGCAUGGUGCCCUCGCCGGUAUUGCUGGCGGUCAGACUGCCUCCGUCCGCUUCAGAAACUGGGGGAUCGCCACCGCCUCAAACUGCCCCUGUCUCCGGUGGCGCUCCCACGUCGCCCUCCCCGGAUGCAUUUUGCGUCGUAUCUAGCAGGCUUCUAGGCUCCUCCUCGCAGCAGCCGCACCAGAGCCCCGGACGCCUCGUGGCUACCAAGCUCACGCUUCAGGCGACGCACAUAUUUCUGGGCCCCCCAACGGCACCCCCGUUUGCCGCCAUCAGUGUGCAGCUUAUUGUGCCCGGCGGGAGCCCGCCAGAGCAUUGA